UCCGACGCGAGCGGACGACACUCGCCGCGCCGCGCCACACCGGCACACUCGAGCCACGCCACGCCACACACCGCCACAUAGCGACAGUGACAUGCACGUGUUCAAGUGCGCGUGAUACAAUAUUUUUUUCUAAAUAUAUUGUUGUAAUUAACUAUUCCUCCUUUUUCAAUUUAGGACAAUUUAAAUUGACAGUGUGACAAUACCUCUAUCCUAUGCUGUGUGACGGUAGACAAGUGAUUAUCGAAUAGUUUGCGUGUUUUCGGCGGAUUCAAGACUACGUCAUGCUAUGGGAGAGCGGUUGUCCCCAUAGGACAUGUUGCUUGUUACAAUGGAGCUCGUUAUCUUGUAUCAGCAUAGAAGUACCCAACUGAAAGGAAAUUUCCUCGGUGUAGAAGUAUAUCGUCAUGCCACCUAAGACGCGCACCGGCGUGGUAGGAGCUCUGCUCAGGGUCGCCAGGCCCCUCCUGUGACUAGCCAGGGCUCUCGCGAACGGCACGGGCGGCGGAUUAGGCGUGGGGCGCGGCGCGUGGCGGCGGCGCGGGCGCGGGCGGCGCCAUGACGCGGCGCCCGCCACCAUGACGCUGCCGCCGCCCGCGCGCCCCGCGCACCCCGCCGCGCAUCGCGCAAUGCGCUAUUACCGCAUCUGGAUCUACGCGUGCAACGGCGCGCUCCUGCUAGGGGCGCUCGCGUUUUGCGCAGCGGCGGGACGCGCGCUCGCCGACUACCGUCGUGCGCUGGUACCGGGCCUCGGGGCAGCACAGCCCGGAUUCCUUUACGGGUACGCUGCUUUGCCCGCUCAAGCUGGCCUACUUCAACUACUGGGUUGCUUGGCAGCUUUACGAUUGUCCGAACGCAUGUUGAACGCCUAUUGGCUUGCUCUAUUGGCACUGUUGGUAGGCGACGCCGCUAUUGGAGUGUACUGGGCGUUCAGAUUUGAAAGAGUUUGUCGAGAAUUACGGCCACAGUUAAGAGUCCGACUUUCAAAGGACUACGAUACGGAUUUAGAUUUUUCAGAGGCUUGGGAUCGCCUUCAAAGAGAGCAACGGUGCUGUGGAGUAACAGGGCCUGCUGAUUUCGCUGCAUUUAAUAGAACCACACUUCCGCCAAGUUGCUGCCGUAUACCGGCGCACACACCAGCAGUAACGCCGACGCUCCUCGCCACCACGGCCGUCUCGCCGCCCGCGCCCUUUACAUCAGUGCACUGCGCACCGCACACGGCCGCGUGUGCAGAAAGACUACUUGUGUGGCUACGAAGAACAGCAGACGCGUUAUUUGUGUUAGGAUAUUGUGUAAUUGCAUUUUUAAAGUUGUGCUUCCUUGGGAUUCUUCGUUACGAAAUAAAGGAGAUGAUUCAGAAAAUUAGAAUAUUACGAAGCGAACUGAGCGCAGGGGAGUUGCUUGACGGCAGCCCAAUUCACGGAGGCCCGCUAUCCCAAACGGUCAUAGUGAACGCGGUAAAUGCAAAUGGUGGCGUACGGGCUCACGGUGGGAGUCCCGAGCGGGCGGGUGAACGAGAAGCCCUGCUGGGCCGCGCCUCAGAUCCUUGCCCGAGGCGGAGUAUACACGACGAGCCAUUAGGUCCAAAGACAGUGAACGGGAAUAACAACUGCGAAAUGCGCGAACUGGCUCGCGGCGAAUACAGACCAUUAGCGGCAGACAGCGCGGCGACUAGAAUCUGACUAAGAUGUUACUUGGAGCGGUUGUUCGGGCGGCGAUGGCGGUCGUUCCCGUCGGCCGGCUGCGAGGCAGACCUGCCGCCGCCGCGCGCCGCGCCCGUGUGCGUGCGGCGCGCGGCUGCCGGCGCCCGCGUGCGGCUCGACCACCGCCGACACACCCGCUCCGAAUUCGAGCUUUGAGCUCUAUAUAUUAACAGCUUGUGGGGAUAGCUUCACUCGAACCAUUUGAUCCGGUUCCUCAAAACAGAUCAUCCACCAAAGCCGACAAAUAAGUUUUCAUUCUGGUUUUUCAAAAAAAAAUUUUGGGAUUUUUCCUCAUUAAGUUUAUUCAUCAGAAUUUGUAAAUCAUACAUGAAUGGUUGUUUAAAAUAUAUUACUUUUUCGCGUAUGAUCUAUUUCCAGGAACGGUAUCUUAUGUUCGGAGUAGAUAGUCCCAGCUUUUGCACCGUGGUCUCAUCGGUACUGUCAAUUGCGAUGAUCAAAACAAUUCGAUGUGACUCUAUUAUAUGUAAUGUUGAUAGUAGAUAGAGUCUAAACAGUUCCAGCGAUGCGAAUGAGUGUAAGUGUCAUGAUCACGAAACCUUUGAGAUGUGAUGUUAUGUGCAACAGACGAAAACAGUGUAGUGAGUAAUUUAAACAAAAUGAUUUCCACGAGCAAAGCUUGUGUUUAGUUCCUACGCUUGGCAGUUGAAUAUUUCUUUAAAAAUAGUACAUAUAUGUUUGUUUUAUGCUAUAUACAAGGAAAAUAAAGACAAUGGUGUAAGAAAAAAUCUGGAAUUUUGCAAGCACACAUAAACGCUUAAUUCUAAUGGCAAACCAUUAGCAUCCAGAAAACAUCAGAAUCAGGGAGAUUAAUAACUAAAAUAAUGAUCAUUGUAAUUAGCGCUUAGUGCAGCUUUUAAUUGUAUACCGAUAAAUUAAUGAGCCUAUCAAUUAUUCAUAAGGUCCCAUUAUACUUUGUCUACAAACAUUGCUUACCAGAUAUUAUUAAGUCUUAAAAUUCUUAUUGUUAAAAACUAAAGAUACUUUUGUGGAGUUUUAGACCAAAUGUUUUUUAUAGUCUUAUUUAAUAUAAACGGUCUAUCAUUUACCUUAUAAAUUUAUGCACGAAUCCCGACCAGUAUUCAUAGCUGUAGUUUUAGUACCUACCCACUUAUACAAAUACAUACUACAUACCCACGGCUUAAAUUAGCAACACAUGCUUAACUUAAAAUAAAUUAUUUGUAGAGGCCUCUAAUGUUGAAAAAGACAUCAAAGAGUCAAAGUUUCCCGCUGCAUUUAAUUCUCUUGUGUCAGAUCCGCGACUUCUUCUUGCAGUGUGGUUUAUAUAUGCACAAAUAAACCAAUAAAAAGUCUCGAAUUGACCGACUCGAAUUGACAAAGUCCAAAAAUUUCUCUUAUCUACUCAAAACAAUAACAGUAACUUUAUAGAUGUUUCUUCUCAAAAGAACAUCGUAGCCAGUACUAUGUGCUACGCCGUAGCAUCGUUACUACGCCGUAGACGAUACUUGUUGCGCUGUUCAUUUGAUCGUGUUUUAUAAAUCUAUAUUGGAAGCCUAUUAUAACUAUAACUAAUAGAAAGUACUGAGGAUAAAGAACCACAUGUGUAGCGAGACCAGAAAAUCCAACGAUCCAGUAAUAUGUAAAUAUUAUAAAAAAUGUACAUGUGUAGAAUGAGAAUAUUAAUGUGCAUGGACAGAUUGAAAAAAAAAAUAGUACUGAUAUGAGCUUAAAAGACGUAGUGCCUACAAUUAUAUGCUUGUAACAAUAAAGCAAAAAAGUCUAUUUGUUUUACAGCAGAGGAAUUAAAAUAUUCCAUACGAAUUUAUCAUAUUCGAUAUUCUUAGAGCAAUCGUACUUGCUUAAUAGAGAUUGCUACAGAUGUAGAUUGAGCCCAUUACAGUGAAUCAGAAGAACGAUUGUAGGUAAAUUAAAGGCUGUGUCAAAUUAAAAUAAAUCAGAUCCAUGCGUGUUUAGCGUUCAUUCGACAUCUACUUGUAUGUAAAGUAAAAACAAUGUUUGAAUACCUACCUACAUAUUUGUACUUAUUACGACGUAAAUUUAUAGAAACUUAUAAUAAUGAGUAUGAAAUUAUGUUCGCUUAGAGUAGGUAUAAUAUUUUGUGAAUUUAUGCAGAAAAAUAGUUUUUUAAUAUUGUUGUCACAUGAAUGUACCAAUCUUAUUAAAAUUUGUACCUAUAUUCGGAAAGUUGAAUAAUUUGUAGUUAGGAUCCAAUCUAAAUCCUGAAUUACUUCCAAAACGUUAAAAUAACAUGUGCCUUGGCUUAUAAAAUCGUUUAUCUGAUGUUAUGUUUAUUGUAAACUAAUCGAUAUGAUAUAGUUGGAUCGUCUCUGAAGUGCUGCCUACAACUUCUACCCCACAUCGUGAACCCACGUAUUGUUGUAUUUCCGUGCCCAUGGCACUCUAUAACAAUCUCUAAAAUUAUGCUUUACAUCGACUAAAUUUACGGAUCGUCAAUGUUUUCCUGCAAAUAAAUGGCGUAUAGUAAAAUUUUGCAAUUAUAAAUUAAAUUGUUAUCUAACAAUAUAUAAAUAUUAAACGAUUGAAAAACGGGGUAUUAAAAAUAUUUAUAAAGUUGUUCAUUGAUUUGCAGGAAAAGUGUUUCUUAGACGAUUACUACCAAUGUAAUAAUUGUUUGUAUUCCCCACUGUCCUUUAACUUUGUUAUCAACGUUUAUUGCUAUCGUAGAGUUGUUACAACUUUCCGAAGGUACGCACUAGGCGACUGAGAGCUAAUAUUAUCAUAAU